AUGGAGAUCUACUUGUUUCUGUUCGUAGCAAUGCAUUUCUUCUUAUUCUUUAUCUCGUCGGCUGUGCAUGACAACUUCACCGACCUCUCAGCACUGCUGGCAUUCAAGGACCAUGUCACCGACCCAAACGGCAUUCUCUCCUCCAGCUGGACCACCAACACCUCCUUUUGUUCCUGGACCGGCGUCUCUUGUAGCCGCCAAAGGCAAAGAGUCGUUGCUCUUAAUCUUUCUAGCUUAUCUCUCUCUGGUACCAUACCUCCUCAGAUCACCAACCUGUCCUUUCUGUCAUACAUCCAGCUUUCCAAUAACAGCUUUGUCGGCCCCAUUACCGACUCAUUUGCACAGCUGCCUCGUCUCAAGUCACUUAUACUUGAACGGAAUCGCCUUUCUGGUUCUGUACCUCCUGCCAUUUUCAACAUGUCUUCGAUAACUGAACUAAGCCUUAGGUACAACAAUCUUUCAGGGACUCUUCCCUCAAAUGACAGCCUUCAUGCAAUUCUUCCUCAAGUUCAAUUUCUUUUUCUGUCAACUAACCUGCUGAGUGGCAACAUCCCAUCUAGCCUUUCCAAUUGCCAUCAUCUUCAAGUACUUUCAAUGGCGGUCAACCGCUUAAGUGGAAAUAUACCAUCGGAACUUGGGAAUUUGCAGCAACUUAGACUUCUAUAUCUGGGAGUUAACUACCUCACAGGUACUAUGCCAGCUUCAUUAGGAAACCUUACAAAUCUGGUUGCACUAGACCUCCCCUAUCUCAAUAUCCACGGGAAUAUUCCUGAGCAGUUGGGUCGUCUAUCAAAUCUUGAGAGUUUAAACCUUGCUAGCAACCAUGGUGUAACAGGUCCUUUUCCAAUUUCCCUCUCAAACAUUUCAAAACUCAAUGUGUUAGACCUGAGUGAUGAGCAGCUUACUGGACCAGUGCCUCCACACUUUGGGAACAUGCCUCAACUUGAGACCUUGUUACUUACAGGGAACAAUCUAACUGGAGGAUUGGACUUCCUCUCGACGCUUUCAAACAGCAGAGUCUUAGAAACAAUAGAUUUGGGAAGAAAUGAGCUGGAUGGUUCUCUUGCCAAUACAAUUGGUAAUCUGUCGAAGAAUCUUCAAAUUUUGGUUGUUGCUAGGAAUCAUAUCAAGGGAAAGAUUCCUGCCGAAUUGGGUAACCUGACCAGCUUGUGGGAUCUAAAUUUAGGCAAUAAUGAGUUUGUGGGAAGGAUACCUUCUGAACUAAGAAUGCUACAAGGGCUUCAAUCACUAGUCUUGGGAAAUAACAGAAUACAUGGAUCCAUCCCUCAUGAACUCGGUCAAUUGAGAAGCCUGAAUACGCUGUCCCUUAGCGGUAACCAUUUUUCUGGAUCCAUACCCGACACUUUGGGAAAUAUCAGUAGUCUGCAGCACUUGAUCCUGAGUGGUAAUGAAUUAUCUUCCGGAAUUCCUGAAAACAUGUGGAGUCUCAGUGGCCUUAUUGAGUUAAGUCUAUCGCAAAACUAUCUGAGUGGAUCACUAUCUUCAAGGGUAGGGAACCUGAAGUCUCUGGACAUGUUCAAUACAUCAAUGAACCGGUUGUCAGGUACUAUUCCAAGCACUUUCAGAGAUCUCCAAAUGCUUAGGUCUCUAGAUCUUUCGAAUAACUCGUUUGAUGGUCAAAUUCCACCAUCAUUUGGUGAGCUUAUUAGCAUUGAAGUCUUGAACCUUUCAUGCAAUAACCUCUCGGGUGCCAUACCAAACUCCUUAGCCAAUCUACGGUAUAUCAGAAGUAUAAACCUGUCUUUCAACAAGUUGGAAGGAGAGAUUCCAAAGGGGGCUGCAUUUUCCAAUCUCACUAUCACAUCCUUGGUAGGAAAUGUAGCAUUAUGUGGAGCACCUAAACUAGGCUUCUCACCUUGUCCUCCAAAAGCUGCAGUUUCUAAUUCACGGAUGAGGAUGCAUUUGCUUAAAUAUAUUCUACCAGCUGUUGCUUGCACUAUUGCCCUUGUUACCUUCUUCUGCAUCUUAUUAAUACCCGGUCGGAAGAAAACCGAGGACCAAGCUGCUACAGACUCGCUAUCCCCCAACGACCAUAGUCUGAUCUCAUACAAUGAACUCGUACGUGCCACUGAAAAUUUUAACGAGAUGAACUUACUAGGGAAGGGGGGCUUCAGCUCUGUGUACAAAGGAUGUUUAGAUGACGGACUAGUCACUGCGAUAAAGGUUUUGAAUGUGGAACCUCAUGGAGGUUCAAGUACUUUUGAUGUAGAGCAUCGUACCUUGUGCAUGGUUCGUCACCGAAACCUCAUUAAAAUCAUCGGCAUUUGUUGCAGCUUGGACUUCAGGGCACUUGUCCUUGAAUUCAUGCCUAAUGGAAGCCUAGAAAGGUGGCUUUACUCCCACAACUACUGCCUGGACCUACUCCAAAGGAUUAACAUAGUAAUCGACGUGGCGUCAGCUGUUGAAUACCUCCAUCAUCACCAUUUUCAGGUUGUGGUUCACUGUGAUUUAAAGCCGAGCAACAUAUUGAUUGAUAAAAACAUGACAGCUCGUGUGAGUGACUUCGGGAUUGCAAAGCUUUUGCUUGGUGAUAGCUGGGCUGUAGCAUCAGCAAGCACACCAGGAACACUUGGGUACAUACCACCAGAGUAUGCAUUGACAGGAAGAGUCUCGAGAAAGGGGGAUGUCUAUAGCUUUGGAAUAUUGUUGCUAGAAAUCUUUACGAGAAAGAAGCCUACUGAUCCUAUAAAGAAGCCUACUGAUCCUAUGUUUACGGGGGAAUCAAGCUUGCGAGAAAUCUUUACGAGAAAGAAGCCUACUGAUCCUAUGUUUACGGGGGAAUCAAGCUUGCGACGAUGGGUAUGUGAGGCACAUCCUACUACUCUACUGGAUAUUGUUGAUCACAAUCUUUUGAAAGAUGGGUCUGGAAAUGCGAGAUCACGAGAAGAUCUUAUCCGCAUACAUGCAUGUAUAUCUUCUAUUCUAAAGUUGGGCGUGAUCUGUUCAAGGGGCUUGCCUAAAGAAAGGCCUGAAAUGAAAGAAAUUGUUCCAAAACUGCAGAAGAUCAAAACGGACUACUUAUCAGUGUCUUCUGUUGCUUAA